AUGGCUGGCCCCCCACGGCCUGCCUCUGGUCUGCCCACGAGACGGAGCGCGAUGCGACCACCUACCAAACGAACAACCUCAACCGCUACCGAUAGAUCGUCCUCUUCUGCUUCUUUAACUAGACCAUCUAGUAAUGCGCGCGCGCUUAAAUCGCCGAGCGAACCGUCCAGCAUCGUGAGCAAGAGAAAGGAGAGAGACUUCGAACGGGAAAUCAACGAGGACACUAGCAUUCGUGUUGUCGUGCGAUGUCGUGGUCGGAGUGAACGCGAAGUCAAAGAGAACAGUGGUGUGGUAGUCUCGACAGACGGUGCUAAAGGGAAGACAGUAGACCUGUCAAUGGGACCGAACGCGCUGUCGAAUAAGACAUACACGUUCGACAAGGUCUUAUCUCCGGCUGCUGAUCAGACAAUUGUUUAUGAUGAUGUUGUUCUUCCAAUUGUCAACGAGAUGCUUGCAGGUUACAACUGCACCAUUUUCGCAUACGGCCAAACCGGAACGGGAAAGACAUAUACGAUGUCCGGUGACAUGACAGACACAUUGGGCAUUCUAUCCGACAAUGCCGGCAUUAUUCCACGCGUUCUGUACUCAUUGUUUCACCAAUUGAAGGAUACAGAAAGCACCGUGAAGUGUUCAUUCAUCGAAUUAUAUAAUGAAGAUCUGCGCGACCUACUAUCGUCCGAAGAUAACUCGAAGCUGAAGAUUUACGAGAAUGAGAAGAAGGGUCAAAACGGAAGUACCAUGGUUCAGGGAAUGGAAGAGACCUAUAUUGAUACAGCGCAUGCCGGUAUCAAACUGCUCCAGCUUGGUAGCCACAAGCGCCAGGUUGCUGCGACCAAGUGCAACGAUCUGAGUUCGCGCAGUCAUACCGUUUUUACGAUAACAGUGUACACCAAGCGGACGACAGAAUCGGGAGAGGAAUACGUUAGCCCCGGAAAACUGAAUCUGGUCGACUUGGCCGGAAGCGAGAACAUCCAACGCAGUGGUGCCGAGAACAAACGUGCAGCAGAGGCUGGGCUAAUCAACAAGAGCUUACUCACACUGGGCAGAGUCAUCAAUGCGCUUGUAGAUAAGAGUAGCCAUAUUCCCUACAGAGAAUCGAAACUCACGCGUCUGCUGCAAGACUCUUUGGGGGGGCGAACGAAGACUUGCAUUAUCGCCACAGUCUCAACGUCGAAAACGAACCUCGAGGAAACAAUAUCGACCCUGGAUUACGCUUUCCGAGCUAAAAAUAUCCGCAACAAACCGCAGAUCAACUCCACGAUGUCCAAGAAGACUCUUCUACGAGAGUUCACUUUCGAGAUUGAGAAGCUCAAGGGAGAGCUUAUUGCCACGAGACAUCGAAAUGGCGUUUACAUGGCACCCGAUGCAUACGAGGAGAUGACCAUGGAGAACGAGUCUCGAAGGAUAGUCAACGAGGAACAACGAGCCAAGAUUGAAACCAUGGAGUCGAGUUUACGCCACAAAGUCCAAGAACUUUUUACGUUGACCAGUAAUUUCAACAACUUGAAGAAGGAUAACGAGGAGACGCAGGCCGCCCUCAACAAUACCAACGAUGUCCUCGAGAAGACGGAGAUAGUUUUGAAUGAUACCAAGGCGACCCUUGAAGAAGAGGAAUUGCUCCGAAAAGCUCACCAAGAAACCGAGACACAGCUUCAAAAUGUUGGAACCGGACUUGUGUCGACACUGGGCAGCACUGUCAAGGAUGUGGAAGGUUUGCAUGCAAAGAUUCAGCGUAAGGCCGACUUGGCAGCACUCAACCAACAAUCCUGGCAAACGUCUAGUGGCGAAGUUUCCGAUGUUACAAAGCAAAUCGACGCCCGGGUAGGAGCUUUCCAGGAUCAACAUUCAACGCUCGUGGAGACCAUCUCGGACCGGAUCAGCCAAUUUGUCGAGACUGAAUUGAACAAUGUGCAGUCAAGCCAGUCGCAGCUUGAAGGCUUCAGUUCAUCAUUCGACAAGGCAGAGGCAGAGGCUACCGCCCAGACCUCUGGUGCACACGAUGAGAUGAACGAGGUACUCGAGGAGAUCAAGGUCUUGCGUGAAGAAGUCAAGGGUCGAGUCGGAGCAGGGCUGAAUGGCUUAUCGGCUGCAGCUGGUCGUAUUUCCAAGGAAGUUAUUGGCGAGUUUGCCGACUUCCAUGCUCAGCUCUAUGAAUCUUAUAGCACCCUUGGCAAGGACAUGAAGUCCAUGUUUGACGGCGUCGUGAACCAUCUUCAUGAGCAGAAGACUGAAAUCAGUCUUCUGCGAUCGCAACUUCAACAGGCCAACCAAGAGACCAUCGAGGCCAACCGCAAGGCUUCGUCUCAAUUGGCACAAUCUAUGGAAGAAGAGAAUGCAACUGCUGAAGCGGAGCGAGACCAGUUGCUGUCCCAAAUUAAGGUCCUGAUGGAUGAAUCACGUCAGAGACAAUUUGGCCGCAUGAAGAACAAGUUUGACGGUGUGAGGGUUGAUAUCUCGUCCUCGGGCGAUGCGCUGGAGCAAGCGACAACCCAGCAUGACCGUCAUGUCGAUGAGUGGGUGUUCAAAUCGGAGCAAUUCGCAAAGGACGUCACCGCAUCUCGGGACGAGGUCAAGACGAAAAUGCAGAACGACUGGGAGGCAUUUGACCAUCGCAACGUAUCUAUCCAAAAGGUUACCGAGUCCGUACAAGAGGAGACUGUCCGCAUUGUCGAUGCCCAGAUGAAAGACAUGAGCAAACAGAUGGGUGCAUUGGACGAUUUCGUCGCCAAGGCACGAUCCCAGAAUGGCCGCUUCCAUGAAGCGCAUCUGGAUAGCUUGAACAACAUGGCGUCCAAUGUCCGUCAAUCCUAUUCAACCGUCCAAGAGAAAUUCGGAGGAUUCGGUGAACGGGUUGAUCAACUACAGAACGACACUGCUCAGGACAAGGACAGCCUCUUGGAAGUCGCUGCACCUCUGACAGACGAGGUCCGGAACCCCCUGUCAGCCCUGCGCACGAACAUCCAAGCUCGCCCGUUGAAAGAAUACGUCGCCACCGGAGUCACUCCAGCAAAGCGCCCCUACGAGUAUCCAACAACCCUGCCUCAAACCGAAUCCCACGACGCCCUCGUCGCAAGACUCCGAAACUCCAAGCAACUCAAAGACCUCCCCUUCGGCGGUGAAGACAAAGUCACCCCCCUAAACAGCUCUUCACCCACAGCCUCACCAUCCAAGGGCUUCGUCUACAAUGACGCUGAGGAUGAGGUAGGACCAGAGCUACCUGCCCCUACCCCCGCCCCUGCUCCUGCUCCUGUCACCACUACUCCUUCCAACACGGGACUUAGGGAAGUUGAUGCAAACGUCGUCGCCAGACCGGCCGAUGAAGCCACCCUCGGCCGGUCCUCGUCCGUGAAACCUUUGGACUCAGAGAGUGAGCAUCAUCGCCCCGAGUCGAUGCCGUCGGACGAACCUCCGUCUAAACGGCACUGCUCUGCUACUGCAGUCGCGGAAAACAAGUUUCCGCAUAAAGCGCUUAAUAGGAAGAUGGCGGGGAUGAUGGGGGGUAGGGAGAAUGUGGCGCCGUCUCCUGCGACGCGGGCUUCGCGGAGACUUAGGGGUCGUCCUUCUAUGACUGGUUAG